AUGUACCCCAACCCUCUCAUCUACUGUACCUGCUGGGACCCCUGGAACUUGGGACCACGGAAGCUAAUCAAGACCCCUCAGCCACCAAGGAAGCCCUCCAUAAGGAGGUCCAAGCUAACUCCUCUUACACCAGCUUCAAAACAACACAAUUACCUCCAAACAACAACAAAACCUGUUGUCAUUCCGAAAGUGAAAAUGCAUUUGGGAAGGCAAGAGGAGAGCAUUAAGUCACCUUGUGAAGUGAUCAACGUGUCACCUGGCUAUCAACUCAUUCGGAAUCGGGAGCAGAUUUCCGUCACCUUGGGGGACGAAAUGUUCAACAGGAAAAAGCAGCUGCCAUCAGAGAUUGCGGACAAAGUAGAGAUUUCUAGGACCGGUAUCAUUUCUGACCUAGAAGAGCAGAUCUCAGAGCUGACAGCAAUAAUAGAGCAAAUGAAUCGAGAUCACAAGUCUGCCCAGAAAUUGCUCUCCAGUGAAAUGGAUCUCCGCUGUGCUGAGAUGCAACAGAACUUUGAAAAUAAGCACAGGGAACUGAAAGAGACUCAUGAAGUAGAACUCAAUGAGUUGGAGAACAACUACAAAGCAGAAUUGAAGGCAGAGAAGUUGGCUGCCCAAGAGAAGCUAGAGGAGAUGGGAAAGGAAUAUAAGUAUCUGAAGAAUAUGUUUCACAUGUAUCAGGACAGCAUGUAUGAGGAAAUGGAAGAUAAGUGGUGGAAGCGAAAGGCCGAAUGGGAGAAGGAGGAGAAGUUGGAGCAGGAGAAGGUCCUGCUACAGCAAAAAAGCAAGAUGAUGAAAAAGUUUGAGUUAGAGUCAGAAGAAGAGAAGAAGAAAAUAAAUGAAUCCUACAGUGCUAUCUUUGAGAACUUCAUUCGGGAGAAGGAGGAGCUUGUGAAACAACAUGAAAGAGACACCUUGCAGUUAAAGGAGCUGAGAAAGACCAAAGAGGUCAUGGAGAAAGAGUUACAUGCACAAGCUCUUAUCCUAGAGUCGCUUAACACAAACCUCUACCAUACCCAGAUGGAACUCCAGAGAGAGAAAACUACCGUGGGAAAUCUGGAGAAAACACUCCAGGCCAAGUUUGCUGAAGCUGAAGAAAAGUAUAAGUGCACCAUACAGAUCCUGAAAGAGGAAAACAUUCAUCUAAGGCAAAAGAUAAUUGCCAAGAAUGAAGAAAUUUACGGUCAAUCUGGGAGAUUAACCUCUAUUGCUCCUUAUGAGUAUGAUUCUCACCUUUUAGACGUUAGUAGCAACAGGGGACAAGAGUCGUGA